CAACACCUUUGAGGGACUCCUUAGUUAAAGAUUAGACGAGAUUUUACGAAAAUAUUUUCAAACUGUCGCCUUUUUUGUGUUUAAAUUUGUUUCAGAGUGUAAAGAAAAAUAACUUCAAAUUAAUGGCGGAAGACAAUAGUGGGUGCUACCAAGACCUGGCUGGACAGAUGGCUGCAUCAUCAGGGGAGGACAUCCCUGUGAAGGGUGCAGAAGAGUUGAAGAAGUCGCUGUCCAGGCAGAUGGCCUUACUGGCGCUCAUGAACAAGACAGGAUAUGAUAUUCUGCAGGCCAAUGGACAGAGGAAGUAUGGCGGACCGCCACCUGAAUGGGAAGGUCCGGCGCCUCGGAUCGAGUGCGAGGUGUUCGUGGGAAACAUUCCCAGAGACAUGUAUGAAGAUGAGCUUGUCCCCCUGGUCGGAAGGGCUGGAACCAUCUACGAGCUGAGGCUGAUGAUGGAAUUCAGCGGAGAGAACCGAGGCUACGCCUUUGUUAUGUACACCAAAAAGGAGGAGGCCCUUUUAGCGAUCCAGAUGCUGAACCAUCACGAGGUUCGUCCAGGGAAGUUUAUUGGUGUGUGCGCCUCUCUGAAUAAUUGCCGCCUCUUCCUUGGGAACAUUCCCAAAGACAAGAGUAAGGAGGAGAUCUCGGAGGAGGUCAAGAAGGUGACAGAGGGACUGCAGGAAGUCACCGUGUAUCCAAGCGCUACUGGCAAAAACCGAGGUUUCGCAUUUCUUCAGUAUGAGACGCACAAGGAGGCCGCGUUGGCUCGACGAGAAUUAAUCAGUAGAAUGAGGCUGUGGGGCCAGAACCACAUGGUGAAUUGGGCCAAGCCCAAACACGGGAAAAGAGCUACUAUGCAACAAGUCAAAGUUUCCCAGGUAGGUAACCUAUCGGAAAACCCGACAGAGGAAACACUUCAACGAGAGUUGGAGCACGUCGGAGCAGGUGCGGUGGGGCGAGUGAAGAAAUUCACCAACCAUGCCUUGAGUCACUUCGGCCACCAGAUGGAUGCUACCGGUCUCAUGAACAGGACUACAGCUCAUGGAAACAUCGGAGACAUAAAACUCUUCAAGACAAACCUGGAAGCGGUGGGUAGAAGAUCAGGCAGUAAAAGUCACUUUGGAAGCAUGACAGAAGGAGGAGCCACCCCACUCCGAGGGAUAAUGAACGAGCGCUCUUCUCUGGAUUCCACCAUUCAAUCACCUUCUUCCCAGUGGAAUUCCAAGUUUUCUUCUGGCCCAGUAAAAGCCAACCAGGAUGUGUUCCCGCUCUUUCCCGGCACACCGCUUUACCACACCUGUCUGCAGCAACUCCAACGUGAUCAGAUCACCUCGGCAGUCAGCCUGCUGGAAUUAUAUUGCGGUCUGCACAAUUUGCCGUCCCCACAUUACAAGCUGCUCUCCUCACCAGAUCAGGACGGGAACCUCCUGCUUGUCUAUGAGGUGGUGAUGAUGCUAACACGAACCAGCUUCUUGCCUGAUACCUUUUGUGUACAGCUGGAAGACGCCAAAGAGCUCGCCGCUCGCCACACGUUGCAGAAUCUCGACGCAUCCUUCUUGAUCGAUUUGCCCGGUAGCCCGUCGUUCAUCCGGUCCGCUGAUCUGAUCCGUUAGAAGUCCAGCCUCCUUGAUCUUCAAGACGGGUAGACUUGUUCUUGGUUGCCACGGAGACCACACGUGGAAUUUGCGAUACAACCAUUCCAUGACAAUUUGGAGAUAACAUGUUUUUCAUAGAAAUGAGUUGCCAAACAGAUGUUGAGAUGUUUAAAAGAUGUUUAACUGAAUUAAUUCAUGUUUAUAUUGUGGUUACAUGUUUAAGGGUUUUGUAUGUGAAUAUUAAUACAACUCGUGGAUAUCUGACAGUACACCAAAUGACUGACAGCAAAAUAAUAAAUAAUCCUUAUUUUCUUCGUAUGAAAUAA